GGUUGCAGCUUAAUUACAACCCAGAACUCCAUCUUCAACAACAUUGGAUCGAUCUCCUCUGCCCUACACCUCAUCGCCACUCCUAAAUUCAUUUAAUUUAAUUCCCAUGUCCUUCAAUUCACAACUGGUUUGCACCAAUUCCAUUGCUCUAUCCUCUGUCUGAUUUUAUUUCGAUCAUAAUCCUAUUCUGCUAUAAAACCCUUUCCCAUGGCUGCCCUAAUCCUCCACCUUCACCAAAUUCCCUUUAAUUACACAUUAAUUGCACGCUCCCAAUGUCGGCGCAAUCGGAAAAGGGCGGCGCCUCCGGCGGCGGUGGUGGUGGAAGCGUAUCGCCGCCGUCGGGGAGGCACCCGGUCUUCCGUGGAGUGAGGAAGAGGAAAAGUAGCGGGAAAUGGGUCUCGGAGAUCCGGGAGCCCAGGUCCCCCAACAGAAUAUGGCUCGGGACCUUCCCCACCGCCGAGAUGGCGGCGGUGGCGUAUGACGUGGCGGCGCUGGCGCUCAAGGGGAAGGUGGCGGAGCUCAAUUUCCCCGAUUCGGCGGCGUCUUUGCCGGUUCCUGCUUCCACGUCACCGCGAGACAUUCAGGCGGCGGCGGCGAGCGCCGCGGCGGCGGCCGGGGCGGCGGCGGAUGCUGUUGGAGGGAUGGACUGUGAUGAUCCGCCGCCGCCGCCGCAUGCGGCGGCGGUGAUGGAAUUUGUGGACGAGGAUUUGAUAUUUGAUAUGCCGAAUGUUUUGGUGAAUAUGGCUGAAGGAAUGAUGAUUAGCCCUCCGAGGUUUGAUUUUUCCGAUGAAGCUGCUUCCGCCAUUAAUGAGGGUAAUAAUGCUUAUCAUGAACCAGGCCUUUGGGACUAUCCUUAA